AUGGGGAAAAAGAAUUUAGAUUUCUCUUCAGCUUCAUCUAGUCGUAGCAAACGUGGAAAGCCAGUUGGUCGUGGCCGGUCCCGUGGGUCAGGAUCUAAGCGUGGUGGAAGGAAUGUUUCCGGCCUUGAUGAACGACCAGAAAGUGCAAUCGACAGCGUAAACGACGGCGAGGAUAGUGGAGAUGAUGAAGAAGAGGACAACAUCACUAUCAGAGUACCGGUUGCUAUGUGGGAUUUUGACCAUUGCGAUCCACGACGAUGUUCGGGAAAGAAGCUCGCACGAUUGGGUCUGAUACAGGAGCUUCGAGUCGGUUCACGCUUUCGAGGAAUCGUCGUCUCCCCGAAAGGAACGUCAGUGAUAUCACCUGCAGACCGGGAAAUCAUUGAACAAUGCGGACUUGCCGUCGUCGAGUGCUCUUGGGCGCGCCUUGACGACGUGCCUUUCUCCAAGAUUGCCAGCCCCCAUGAGCGUCUCUUACCUUACCUGAUUGCUACCAAUCCCACAAAUUACGGGAAGCCAUGGCGGCUCAACUGUGUCGAAGCGUUGGCCGCUGCCUUUUACAUUACCGGCUUCGAUUCGUACGCCGAGAAAUUGUUGUCGGGUUUUGGAUGGGGCGGUUCAUUUUGGAGUGUCAAUAAGACUUAUUUGGAACAAUACAAGGCAUGCACUUCGUCCGUCGAGAUUAGUGAAACACAGGACAAGAUAAUCAAGGACUUGGAGCAAAGCUGGGAGGAGUCUCGUCAGGAAAAGGGUGAGCUGUACGAGUAUGGUUGUACGAUGUCUCACACCGUCACCAGAUAAUGCCGGGGAUGAGGAAGACCUCUUGUUUAGAAAUCCGAACCAUCAAUAUCCUGAGAAUGACGAAGAAGACCCUCCAGAUUCUAGUGACGAUGAUGACGAGCAUAGAUGAUUAUGUUCAUACUAUCAAGACCGUACAGCCAAGGAGCGCUUCCUAUCUACGUGAUUUAACGUUUUUGAUAUUAGUAUCGUUGGUGCACUCGAACAGUGACAGACUGGUUCAGCACCAUUCUUGGAAUUAAGAGAAUCAGUGGUCAUACGUGAAAAAAGUCCCGGGGUCGAAACAACCGAUGAUUCUGACCUAAGAGGUUUCGGCCAUGCGGUAGGGGAAUGGUCGAGCCAGACAAUAAUUCGACUGUCUAAUCUUGUGGGUGCCGAUAUCCCGGAAUUUCAGUGGGAAGC